GGCCCCUGAACACUUUUCUCCAGUGCUUCCCAGAUAUAAAUGUCAAGGGACAAACAUCACGUUCAUUCUUUCAAUUUUGAUAUUUAGAAGUCUUAGUCGUAUGUCCAACCCUGAUGGUUGUGGUUGAACACAACAGAAUAGUUCCAUUUUGAAAUAAGACAACUGGUUUUCAGCGGUAUUCUAGGAAUGAUCAGCUCGUGAUGUAAGUUAUGAAUUUCACUAUCCCCUUAAACUGACUACUAAAUUUUGUGGCGGGUAGUACGUCAUUCGAGGUCAUUAUGUCCAAUGUAAAAACGAAGAGUGUGUCGGAUAUAUUUUGUGAUGCACAUGCUUUGCAUGUAGUUGACACAAGCAGAGCCAAAGACGGAGUGUGGUUAGUCAAAGUUCCAAAAUAUUUAGCUGAACUUUGGCAUAAUGCUGGCCCUGAUGGUGUAGUUGGCAAAGUUGUGAUCGCAAGUUCAACUAGUGCAUCUCAGAAUGGCAACAAAGGCCCAGGGUCACAAGUCACUCUUGUUACUGAUUCAGAACUAUUAAAUCAAGUCGGAGAGUCCGGAAAUCUGAUACCAAAGGAACAUCAGUUUCUGAUUCAAACUUCUGCAUCAUCAAAUAGUACACCUGGGACUGCUCGCCCAGGUCAAACUACUCCAAGUUCGACAGUUCAAAGGCGUCCUGGGACUAUAUCUGGACAAGAACUCAUAAUUUUGUGUGAAGACGACCUUGGAUGUGCUCAAACCAACUCGUUUCCAUCUUCAACGACCAACACAACUUUAAUUUCCUCUGCAGCUCCACAUUCUCCAUUCUCAAAUAAACCGUACGCUCGUUACUCUCGGCGACUAUCUUUGUUUGGUCGUGUUAAUAGUAGAGCUGAAUGCAGACCACCACCUAAUACAAGAUAUAUGAUGCUCAAAGCUCAACAGGUAAAAAUCUUUGAUUUUAUCUAGAAACUUAUGUAGGUUCAUAGAAUAUUUCCUAAUCUUGAAUGUCCUAUUUUGUACCCAUCCUAGUUCUAGAAAUACCCAACCCUCACUCUUGUGCUAGUUUUAUAUUUUUUUUAUUUCCUCAAGCUCAAAGCAAAGAAUCGGCCGCGACAUGAAGUCUGUCUCCUUUAUGAACCAGUAAGAAACUACAAACCAGUUUCCAAUCAUGUCAACAAUGUAAGUAUAUUUUCUUAAUUUCAUCCAUGUUACCGUCCAUUUCCUUUGCAACUUACUAUUCAUUGUUGAAACAAAGUAUUAUUAUGGUAUAGUGAUAAUAUAUAUAUUGAACUCAAAUAUUAUCUCAACCUAACAUAAAUAUAAAAACGGUAGUUUUGAGAUGUCAGUGUUACGUUUUCCUUCCAUUAUUCUCGUAAGCAGAUAGUGUAAUUUAACCGACUUAAUUCCCCACUGGUAUCCAUAAUAACUUACAAAUUUGUUGAUUUCAUGUUUAAAUUCCAUCCGCUACUUGGUUUAUACUAAGGUGCUCCCAAUUUCAACUUAGGACUGAUACUCAUAGCUCGUGAAAUAUAUCCACUUCAGUUUAUGUGACGACUAGAAACAAGACUGAUUUGUGGGGGUUGUGACUUGACCUAAAUGGUAAUGGCUGCUGCUGGUACAACUGGUUAAUAAGUGUCACCUCACUAUUUCAAGUAUUAAGUUGAUAGGCCAUAGAUAACAGUUUGUUUUAUGUGACAAAUCCACUUUUACCCUGACUAAUCAAAGGAAUAGUCUUUUUAGAGUUGUCUACUCUGUUAUAGAUUGUUGACCUUAUACUCUCUAUACUUUUGUCCACCUGAAAUCUCACUGGAAACUUUACAUUAUUAACCGUCUAUAAUAUCAACAAAUUUGUUUGCGUUUGUAAAUUAAUGUAUUUUAAUCACUGCUAAGUUUCCGCUGACUGCUUUGCAUUAAAAUAACUAAAUAUUUGUUUCCUAGAUCGAGUAUGAAAAUCGGAAAAAGGUUGAAGGUAAAAAUCUUAGACGUGAAAAAGAAGACGUUUUGCAGGAUUUGUUCAAAGCUUUCGAAAGACACCAAUAUUACUCUAUUAAAGAUUUGGUUGUACUUACUAAGCAACCAUUGGUAAGCAUCUACAUAAUUUACUCUCUAUAUCUUUGUUAGUUUCAGUUAGUUUUAAUCAUAAUCAUGAUCAAAUUCGAAAUACGUUGAUACCGUAGAAUCUACUAACAUGUAUCACGUUCGAUGAUUGGUCGCAUAUGCCUCCUCGUCGUUUGCUUAUAACUAGUCGAAAUCCUCAGUAAUUAUUGGUUAAAACUGUGUUUAUUGUAUCCAUUAUUUUUAGAUGGUAGAUUAAUUCUGUCAAUUUAUUGCACAUAUAAUCACUGAUGUGUUUUUCACCCUUAACGUUUUUUUGUUUAUCUUGUGUUCACAAGCACAAGCACCAUCAUAAAAAUGAAUUUCUGUCGAUAACCAUGGCGAGAUUUAAGAAAGGAAGAACAAGAAAGCAGCAAUUAACAACAGCCGAACAGCAACAGAGAAAGUCAAGGCGUAAUCUGGACACACCAAAGCAAACAAGCAAGUGAAAAGAAGAAUUAGAGCUGACAAACAGAAAUACGCAGAAGACCUGGCAGCGGAAGAAGUUGCUAAAGAAGAGAAUAUGAGACAACCAUAUGACAAAACGAAGAAACGAGCAGGGAAAUAUAGUUAACCAGAGCAACAAGUCAAGGAUAAAGAAGGCAAACUAAUCACUGAGGUUCACGAACAGAAGAAAAGUGGGCAGAGUACUUUGAAGAACUUUUGAAUAGUCCAGCCCCACUGAACCCACCGGACAACGAAGCAUUGCACACAAACCCUCCUAUAGCUGUCACUCUAACAACGAUCAAAUAAAUUAGGAGUGAGAAAGCAUCAGUACCUGACAACAUACUAGCCGAAGCAGUGAAGUCAGACGUAUCAGGCGGCCUAUUUGAAUAUCUGGGCCUACCUGUCUCUGCCAUCAAGAUAUUUCAACAAGUUAUCUGUUUUCUUGUUUGUUUUAACGCAUCAUUAUGCCCAUUAGUCUCAUAACCUAUUCAGGUGUGUUUGUGAAAAGUUUACUACAUUUCGCUGUACAACUUACGAAAGAGCCUAAUCAGAGACAUCGUGGUUGCUGGCAAUAUGCUUCGAAAAGAAUAUACAUUAUUCUGAUGUCGAUUCCUGCUAGCAUCCGACUGGCGACCACUCAAUAUUUAUCGCAAGGAUCGGUCAAGAAAUAAGAAGAGGAGACUUUUUAAAAUACUUAGUGCUGAGAAUUCUGUACUGUACCAAAAAUAUAAUAUUGAAUAAAAUCACUAAUAAUAAUAACUGCAAACAUGCUCCACGUUCUAUUCAGGAAGAUUUGCGAGGAGGAGAAAAUGCCAACAGACUAGAAAGAAGAGUAUCUCAUCAAGAUUCCAAAGGAAGAAAAUCUGAGCAAAUAUGAAAACUACAGAAGCAUCACACUACUAUCGGUACCAGGAAACGUUUCUAACAAUGUGUCGAUAAACCGACUGGAGGAUUCAGUAGACAUCCAGCUUCGAGAUCAACAGCCCGGAUUCUGUAAGGGUCGGUUAUACACAGACCAAAUCGCAACACCAGAGGUCAUCGUUAAACAAUCAGUUAAACAUAACUCUUCACUGUGCAUCAACUUCCUUGACUUGAGUGCUGUUAGAGGUAUGAGGGCGGUUAUCACUUCCCGGUUGCCCACACCGUGGAAGGGUUCUUCUGGAGGUACCUGGAAAGGAAAUUGGAUUAAAGGUGGUCUUAGUGACCUGAGAGCGUGGCCGCAGUGCCCAAGGCACAACUGUUUGAGGUCGGUCACACACGACCUUUUAAUGGGUAAUUUUCGUGUUAGCUCCGUACUUGUUGAGACCUUACCGCCGGAGGCGGAUGUCCGUGGGAUAAGGCGAGGUGUGCAUUACUAGGGUCGACCUUUUCUAACCCCACCCCUCCUUGUGGGAAGGUAGCAUCGCUGUCACUCUGGUUGUCUGAAGGAAACACCUUACUGUUGUCACACCUCUGUACAGUCAGCAGUACGACUUCGCCUUCGGACCUUAGGUUUAUUGCUGUUAGUCUUACCGCUCUUCAACCGACCUGUCUGACAUGGUAGGACCUUGAGGAACGUUUGUUCCAGCCAGUAUAGCUCGGUUGCUUCAUCACGAUAGGCGAGCCCGACCACCACGUCAAGGUAGCAACAACGGUCGGUGUCCAUUUUGUUGUGUUAAUGAGGUAUGGCAACUUGGAUCGAUGCAUAUAUGUGCCUGGAAAUAUUCACAUAACCAAUUAAUUUGUUUCGUUAGUUUUCUAUAAACUAAAAUAUUUAAUUUCAGUUUUUCAUGUGUAUGAUAUAUCCUUUUUUUAUUUUCAGGCCUAUCUUACAGAGAUACUGAAGGAAAUUGCUAUCUUCAACACUCACAUUCCCCACAAAAAUAUGUGGGAGCUGAAACCUGAAUACAGACAUUACACACAGCCUGAGACUAAGACUGAAUCUAACAUGGAAUAAAUCAUGUAAACGUACACCAAUUUGUAAAUUAAUAAAAGCGUUCUUUCCUGUAAUUGAUUUUACCUUAACUCAUUAUUUAAUUUGUAUAACUCCCAAGUUUCAAGCAUAAUUGUUUCCACUGUCUGAAUA